AUGGGGUCGCCGUUUCGAAGCACCCGUCAUGAUGUCUACAACCUCCCCUCUUCGCCUGACCUACCAUCUCUAGACCAGAUCAAGUCUCAAUUCCCAAAGAAACCGCCCAUUCGAAGUCCCAUUGCUGCCGUGUCCUCUCCAAGUCACGCGAGCCACCACUUCACCAGUGCUUCGAGGUUUCUGCGCCAGGAGCAACCUGCAAUCGACUUGACAACACCUUGCAGAGAUGAGGGUGCGCCACCGAGGCCCCAAGACGAGGAAGAGGAGGUUACGGUGAUUUCCAUUGCGAAUGUGCCGAAGCCGAAACGCAAGAGAGGCGUUAAGGUUCUGGAGAAGAAGGCAUACCAACCGCCUCCACCACCCAAACCGAUCAAAGAUGCCUCUGCUAGUCCACCGUGGAAGAAGUAUGCAGAACCGAAGAAAACAUCUGCGAAGGCGGCAAGGCAAUCCAAGACUGCGAAGCCCAAGACAACGGCGAAGAAGGGUGGGGUUCAGAGUCGCCACUUCGCGAAGCCCAAGAAUGAAGGCAAAGAGGCCUCUCCACCAUCACCAAAGGAGGAUGUAAGCGGUCCAUUGGAGCUAGAGGCGGCUAUGAGACGUCGCGUGGACUGGACACCACCCCCAGCCGACAAUGGCCUGAGUUUAGGGUCGAAACCUUCCCAGGCCACCGACCUCCAUUCCUCGACUGCGAAAAGCCCGAGCCGUGCCGCAUUGAAUGAUACCUUUGAUAAUCUUUUCGGAAAGUUUGGUCGGCCGGAUGAGGAGCCGAAGAGACCCUCGGCUGAGCCAUCUGAUGGUGACACACCGGUAUUGAAGAAGAGGAAAUUGAUCGAGACAAUGCCCGUCAACCAAUCGUCAAAAAUGGGGCCGCCGCAGAAGGGGGCUUUGAAAGUAAAGGCGCCGAGGAAGAAGCCGCGUACAAUUACCGGACUGGCCACCGCAGCCUACGCGGUUCCAGAUCCGACCGAACAGGAACGGGCCUCUGGGCUCCGAGUUGAUAGUGUUCAUGAUGGCGGUGAGACUGUCCAGUCAAAGGGCAAGGCGCGGGCAUCCAAAGCAAAGAAAUCGAAAAAGGCUCCCCCACCAGAGCCAGUCCUGCUGUCACCAAACGCAGCUCUCAGGCAAGCUGCGAAACAAGAUUAUGUUUUCGGGACUUCGAGCCAAUUGGCACGGGAACACUCGCCGACUUUCUUAAGGGAUCUCCAGUCCGCGCUGCAGGCAUCGAACUCUUUGAGAGAAGACCCGUUCGUGACCCCGAUUAACAGCGACGCGGUUGAGCCAGAACCCAAGCAAAAGCUUUGGGAUGUAGGCGCGAGGGACGAGGACGGCAGGCUGCUAGACUUGGACGUCAUCAAUCUUGCAGACACUCCACAGGCUGCACCAGACGCUGCAAAUGGUCUCAAUCCUUUUGGCUACGCGGGUAUCGAUCAAAUAAUGGCGCCCCCGCCAGCUCACAUUCCAUCAGAUGUCUCGUUCCCGGAUAUUGAUUACCUACUGGGCAACGAUGCAGCCAUCAAGUUGCCGCCACAGCCUAUCGUUUCUACGCAGGAGAAAGUAACGGUGCCAUUGCCAGCUCACAUAUUGUCGGACAUGUCCUUUCCAGACAUAGACGAUCUUUUGGGUAAAGAGACCCGCGACGAUGACAUGCUGCGGUCGCAGAAAGAAGCAUCGCCGUCCUCGCCAAAUGCCAGCCCAGCUAAAAUGGAAGAACACCGAGCUGAAGUGCUGUUGGUCUCUAGUGGAUCUGGACCAAACAUGGGGGACGAGGCUAGCAACCUGCCAUUUGAGUCACCACCAACACAAGCAUCGGAAGCGUCCAAGCCCUCGGUGGUGGGUGACGCGGCCCCAGAAAUCGCGAAACCAGACUUCAGCCUGUACACGGACAACCAGCUUGCGCGAGAGAUUUCGUCUUUUGGGUUCAAACCGGUCAAGCGAAGGCAAGCCAUGCUUGCUCUUUUGGACCAGUGCUGGGUGGGUAAGCAGAGGAUCGCCCUUGCGCCGCUUCCCACAAACCAUCCAAUUUCGACGACGUCCCAGGCGCAAGCUGCUGCUGCAAAGUCACAGAAAUCAGUAGCAACCGUUUCCCCGAAGCGACCGCGAGGUCGUCCGCGGAAGAAUAGUCAAGUUGAAGUUGAAUUGCCGUCCAGCGAGCCGCCGCCAUCUGCUCAGCCUCCACCACCGUCUCCUAAACGAGGCCGUGGUCGACCGAGAAAGAACGUAGAGCCGGCGAAAGCUACUGCCUCGAAGUCAAGCAAGAAGGGCACUUCGAAACCAAAUCCUGGUGCAUCAAAUGUACCCAAGGUGCCUCUGAAGGCGGCUUCGCCAGUGGCAUCCCCGCCUCGGAAGAAGACCAAAGUGUCAGAGGUUAUUGAGAUCCCGGACUCGGCAUCUGAAGGAUCACUUUCGUUGUCGCCAUCACCGUGUUCUUCACCCGAGUCUACAUUCUCGCCAGCUCCAGAAGAAGCUUCAGUGUCAAUCGGCGACGACACGGAAAUGUCACUCGCGGCGUCCCAAAGCCAGCAGCCGGAAGUCUUAUUUGCGCGCAUCACUGCAGCUGUUACUUCGGCACCACCCACGACGGACCCCAAGCAGCCGUCCUUCCACGAGAUGAUGCUGAUGUAUGAUCCGAUCGUGCUUGAAGAUCUUGCUACUUGGCUCAACACUGGACAGCUGUCUAGGGUUGGAUAUGACGGGGAAGUGUCGCCGACUGAAGUGAAGCAAUGGUGCGAGUCCAAGAGCGUUUGUUGUCUGUGGCGCGAGAGCUUAAGAGGAAAGGAGCGGAAGAGGUAUUGA